GACUCAGUAAUCGAGACAAGUUGGCUGAGCAUAGCUAAAGCACAUUUCCGUUUUCGAACCCGACGUCAACCAUACUCAAAGUCCGUGUGUUUUGUGUUUCUUUGAAGUCACAAUGAUUUUCGCUAAUUUAACAUUUCGACUGCUGAAAGUGGAGUUGGAUUUUUCUACCUAUUAAAGUUUAUUGAAAAUCAGAUAAUAAUAUAGCAAAUAGUGUUGACUCUGAACAAAUAUAUUAAGAAAAAAAAAUAGUAAUAUUGCAUUUGAAAAAAUAAACUGAAGUUAAUAAACACGGAUAAUACUACCAUCAUAAAGAGAAGCAAAUCCUUUUAUAAUGGGUAUCCAAGACUUGCAAGCAUUUUUGGAUAGCAGUGCCGUUCAAGGCGGCUCAGUCCCUGUAGAUUUGUUGAGAAUCGGACGUAACAUUGCACAGAGACAACGCAGUCGGGCAGGCAAGGGACAACAGCAGCAACCACCAUCGUCUAAGUUCAGAUUAGUACUUGAUGGAGAAUGCUGUUUAGACAGAUUGUACGGUGGUUAUUUCUCCGACUGGGCAUGUGGUGGACAAUGGAACCGCAUGGUGCAAUUUCUUGCAGUACUGACAGAAGCCACAGAAAUGUCAGGAGUAGAAUUAGCUGUAUUUUUCAAUGGGUCCCUUGAAUCUACUCGGCGUGUAGAUUGGAUUCAGCAUCAAUUGGAAGUCAGAAUAAAAGUUAACAAUGUCUUGAAACACAUUACAACUAAGGGCACCCCACCGCCAAAAAUCUGGUGGACUCCACCGGUAUGUUUACGCACCAGUCUUCGCAUGGCGCUCAGGCAUUUGAAUGUUACAGUGUUAUCCAGCAUGGAUGAUCACCACCAAGAAGUCAUCGCUUAUUGCCGUGAAAAUAAUUUCAAUGGAUUAAUAGCUGACGAUGCCGAGUAUGCAGCCUUUGAUCCUCCAAGAUAUUUUUCGUCAGAGCAACUGAAAUUGACUUACAAGGGAUCACUGGAGACAAAGGAAUACAUAAUUGCUGAGUUCACAAAGACUCUUAAUAUAUCGUCAGACAGACUAUGUACCCUGACAGCACUCCUAGGAAAUUAUUUACUUACAGAACAGGAUUUAGCUGACUUCUAUAAAAAACUCAAUUUAAAUACCAACCCAAACAAAGUCACGGCCGAACAAACUAUCAGGGCAGUUGCUAACUUUGUGAAGGAUUUACCAUCCGUUGAAUUAGAUGUUGUGGCACAAAAAGUAUUUGGAUCCCUAUCUGACCCAAGAUGUGCAAAACUAAGACAAUCCGUUCAAUACUAUAUCAACGGGACGAAAGAAGGUUUCCUGCAUUACAAGCCAGUCAAACCAAGUAAAGAUUUAUUAUGGACGCGUGUUGCAGCUCGAAAAUCCGAAUCCAAACAAAGUUUGCCGACAAGCAAGAAUUCCACAGAACCUACACCAACCUCGGAAGACGAAUCAAAUUUGGAAACAUCUCGUUUUGCUUCAGAAACUGUUGAGAGAGAACGCGACAGCCUCCAGGCUUAUAAGCAGGCGACAGCCAAUGCAACAGCUGCACCACAGAUCGUAAUAGAACCACCAGGAAUUCAGGGAAACGGUGAUGCUGACAAUAGCCGAGCUGAAGAUGAACAAAAUAAUGGACACGCAGUUAAUGGUAGCCACAAUUUAUUAAUCAGCUCUUCAAGUUCGAGCAGCAGCUCGACAGCAACUUCACCCUCGCACAUAACAAUUGAUUCUGGUAAACAAUCUGAAUCCACAACAAGUAUUCCCAGUACCGUUCCGGAAGUAAUGCGUACAGCCUCUGAGCGGCACCAAAAAGGCCUGAUGUCUCCCCAUAUCUAUCAAAUUUUAAUCGCCGGAGAGAUAAAAUUGCCUGUACUUUUGGAGGAUCAAAGUCAUAAAGAAUUCCCAUCCAUACACAUAAUUUAUAGACCCGUCAGACAGAUGGUCUAUGCAAUUUUGUUCAACGUACAUCACCGAAUGUACCUCGCCACUAGAAACAAGGAAAAAGGUGAUAAUGAGACAGUGGAGGUACCAGACGUCAUUAUAAAAGAGUGGGUCUGGUCAGAGACGAAUUGUUACCAGGUACCAGAAUUGGUAAAAGCUGAACAAAUUGGAUGGGGUGUUCCUACGAUACAACGUUUAUGGUUUGGCACAGGGAUCGACGACAAACGCCGAAGGCUAAGAGGUUUCUUAACCUGUCUGAAAUCUGACACACCUCUUAUGUUGAAUCCUUCUUAUGUCCCUCAACAUUUACUAGUUAUGGCUUGCGUGUUGAGGUACAUAAUGACUUUCAAUGAGGAAAUUAAAAUAUUACGCUGUCAAGAACUCGACGCCUUCAUUGCACAGGCCUUUUCACCAGAACUUAUGAACGCUCAAUACCUACAAGAUCUACAGCUCCCUCUCGUAACAUCACGUGGUGUUCAAUUGGCGACAUUAUUUAUGGCUGGUGUAGAAACCGCGUUACUGGCAAAUGACGCCUGCGGAGCUCCCAUACCUUGGUUAAUGUGCUGCCCCUGGCUAUUCUUUGACGGUAAACUAUUUCAUCACACACUCGCCCGUGCCACGAUUGCAAAGAAUCUUUUGGAACUUUGUGGAGGGCACAUAGAGCGAGUUAUAAAAGUCGAAAGAAUGCGGAAAGCUGUCUUAGAAGGGGUCAAUGUUGUCUUCGCUCGUCCUCCGCUAUCAGUUGUUCCUGGAAUACGUAUAUCAGCGCCGCAAAAUAUACUACCUGCGGGAUGCUCAAUCAACGAAGGUCUUGUCCGAGGUCGUGGAAGUGGAAAUCUAGCCCAUCGUGGAUUAAUGCGACGUCCAGUUCCAUCUCGAGGAGGACAAUUAGAAGUAGCAGGCGUGGUUGUUGGACAAUGGGGUCCAAACUAUGGAUCUAUGCCUCCGGGUAGACGGCCUCAGCCCAUCCAAGGUCAUGCUCGUGGGCGACUUCCACCUCAGGUGACCUCGAUUGGUGGUUUGAAAUUCGGCAUUCCUGGUGGUUUCAACCCAAUGGGUCGUCCAACUUUUCCCACGCGGGGCAACAACAGAUCUCAAAUUGGUGGGCGAGGCAAGAAGACCCAAAUGAAGGCAAUCAACAAGAAAAGGACUACUACCAAAAAGAAUAAAGAAAUUGAGAAAAAGGAUACCAAAGGCCGUGGUAUAACCGUGGAGGGUGUCACAGAUAAAUACUCUGAUUCAGUGUUACCGGUGAAUGGCACCAAGGACAGCAUGCCAGUGCCUGGUCAGUUCGACGACGCGCCAGAUAAUGGUAAGGUCAUAGAGAAAGGUCAAGGCGAUGCUCCACUCGUUAAUGCGGUUUUAACUGAAAAUUAAGAACCCAAAUGAUAUACUUGAUAUAAAAAAAACAACCCUCUCGGAUAUGACUGAAGACUGCAACCAAUCAAUCUAGUUAUGUGUCAGUUGAGCAUCUACACUUUUUGAAAAUUUUCAAAUCAGAUCAACAUAUCCCAUCGCUGCUGACGUGAUUUUGAUUUUUAUUAGUUUUCAUAAUCAUUCGAUGAAAUUUAAAUUCAAAACUUGUCGAUUUCCUCAAAUUUUCCAACACUUCUUUUGUGACCCAAGCCAAGUGUUUAUCUGAUAUUCAUGAUUCAACAUUUACUUGAAAGUUAGCGAUGCAUAGCGGUUUUCUAGUGUUUAUGCUCAAUACACAUAAAGCUCUGGUGGGGCCAAACUAUUACAUAACAUAGGUAAAGACAACUGGACGGCGCCAUGCUGAAAAAAAAAGAAGAAAUUUAAGAGAGCGCAAAAAUAACCAAUUUUUGACUUAUACUAUACGAUGUCCUCACUGCCAAAUGCACCACACUCUAUAAGAUAGAAAGAAUUGUGGUUGUGCUGAAGAGCUGCAAGGCUCUCGUUGCUAAUAAGGGAUGAAAAAAAAAAUCUCGACUGAUUAGUGUACAAUUACGCUAAUAAUGUAUCUAAGAAGAACAAGUCGUCAACUGCUAUAUCUAUUUAGUUAUUAAGAAGCAUGAUUAUUUUUUUUACAAAGAAAAUAUAUAUUUUCCGGUAUUAUAUGAAACGCACGCUUCGAUAAUCUUGGUGCCAUUUUCCCCCUGAGGAUAGAGACGAUGUUUUAGAGUAUUGUUAGACUCAAAGGUUACUUUGUUUUUCUUUUUCUAAUUCUUUUCUUUCUUUUUUCUUUAAUUCUUUUUUUCUUUAUCAUAUUAUGGGGAAUUUGGUGUCACGACAAUCCUGAGCGUAUGGAGACUGAUGCUUUUCAUAUAAGUAAAAUAUAUAUUUAUACAUACUAGAUUUAGGAUUCCUGUAAUGUAUUAUACGUAAGGUAUAUGAGCAUAGCAAAUGAAAUUAAUGGAAUGCCUGAACUUUUUUGAAUAAAUGGAUGACAGAAUGAAUGAAUAUAAAAAUGAUAUCAUUUUGAAUGAUUGCGUUUAGCAGAACGGCAAAAGUUAUGUAAAUAUGCAAGGGGCGAUAUAAUAUUACAGAUAAAUAUAUAUAUAUAUAUCUAUAUAUAUCUAUAUAUAGUAACUAUAAUAUAGAUAUAUAUAUAUGUGUGUGUGUGUGGAGAGAUAUAUAUUUAUUAGCUGUUGUGCCUGAGACGUUUGUGGAUGGCUGUUAUUUUGGUUGAACUGAGAGUUUAGACAACUUUGCAAAUCUUUAAGAUGGAGGGAAAAAGGUAAUAAUUUCAACUAAACUCAAUCAGCAAUUGUGGAGGUUUGUUGGUCAAAAUACGCAGCUUGAUGUUAUGUCAGACAUGAUUUUUUGAUGCGUCGUGUUUCAAACAGACUAUUAGUUAUUGAAUGAUGCCACACUGUAUCCGAUCAUGAUAUGUUAUGCGUCACACUUCCUAUCGAACUAAUCGUCGUAAUGAGACUGUAAGUGACACAUUCAGGCUUUGUCUAACAUCAAUAAUUAGGAAAAGAAUGAGUAAAUGUCUUGAGAAAUUGUAUAUAAGUCGAAUUAUGACUAACAUGAUAAUAAUAUUGUGUGGCAAAUUGGACAACGUUGAUUGUAAAUAAAUGUUGGUUAGAUUAAGAUAAAGUGAUAGCGCGAAUGAAAAUGUAUAUAAUAAGCAACGCCUAAGUGCGCCGUUCAUGCACCGAGGCCAGUUAAUGAUUGCGUUUAAAUUGAAGAGAAACAUAUUCUAUUUAUACCUAAAAUUGUCGAUAAGAAACAUUUCUACAUAAGAUGAAACCGGUUUAUUGAGUAAAAUGAUGUUUCUUUUGUUCUCUCUCUUUUUUUAAUUUAUUUAUUUGUUUGGUCGUCAUUUUCGUUUGACUUCUCAUGAAAAAUCAUGUAAAACAAAUAAAGAAAAAGGAGAAAAGUAAAAACUACAAUGGAACGACAAGACACGAUUAACUGAUUAUAUGACAAAUGGAAUAAUGAUGAGAAAGAAAAAAUGUGUGGCUCAAAACAACACAAGAGGUAUUUAAUGCGAUUAUUGAUAUCCAUUUUAUUAAGAUAAUAUAACGAGACUUGAUGGGAUGAAAGGCUAUAUUUUUGUAGAUUUGUUAUUGCGUGAAAAAAGGCAUUAAGACAAUGACUAAAACUUUAUUGAAAUUGAGCUAAACGACGGUAUAGAAUCAUAUAACAUAAUAAAAGGGAUAUAUGUACACACGAUGUUUGAAACUUAUAGAUAAUUAGUAUUAAAAAAUGUGUUUGCAACAGCUCUAACACUAUCCACUAUAAGUACCAGCUUGGAUCGGAGUGAUUUUUGAAACUACUACAUUCUGCGAAUCGCAAUACCCGUGCCCAUAUGUACAUUGUCGUUAAAUACCGCUUGUUAGUUUAAUAGUUAGAGAAAAACAAUGGGAUAAUAAUUUUCUGCCCAAUGUCACCAUCGACGACUUACGCCCAGUGUCAAUGUACGUUGAUCCAGUUUUUCUAAUAAGGCUACCUUCAGAUAAGUUGCUGCUUAAGUAAAAUCUUGGAAAGAAAUCAGAGUGAUUUUAAGCCAACAUACAUAUAGCAUUGUGAACUGCAUUGCAAGUUUAAAAAGAAAAGUUAGCAUACAUUAUUUACCGAUGAUAUAUAUCAUGAUAUAAUUGUACACCACUCCGCUACGUUCGUUUUUGGUUUUUAUAAUUUACAAAAAGAAAAAAAGUGAACCAUAAAAACAAAUGAAAUGUUCGUCAUUUCCAAAUGGACCUUACACCAGACGUAAAUAAAACUUCGAAAACUGAUAAUGGAAUUUGAGAGUAAAAUGCCACUUUGCAAUUCUGUAAAGUUAUAUAAGAUGAUUAAUCUAUUCUGAUGAGAAAUCAAUUUCUCGAUAGACGAGUAUAAAAAAUAUAAUAUUGCAACGUGUUUAUUGAAGAGAAAAACUAAUCAAGUCGCUGCUGCACUUGAUUUGAAUAUAAACAGUAACGACUAAUGACACACAAUUCAUAAAAAAAAACGAAUGUGAAAAUAAAUUCAUAUUGAACAUAUUCAUAUAAAAUAACACAGAACCGAAAUGUAAAAACGAAGACAGCUUGAGUAAUGAAAAAGAAAAGAAACUAACAAAAAAUAAUGAACUUUGCAAAACAAAUGUCCUGUCCUAACAGACCUGUGACAAUUUUUCAUUUAAAGUGUAGAAUCGGGGCCCACAAAACCUGUAAAACAAAACCCUAAUUACUUAAUUUAACACAAUUUUCCCAUACUUGAGAACUCGCUUUUGUUUACAUCACAAAUAUAUCAGUUGCAAAGAGUCAAUGAGCAAAGUGAAAAAUUUUAAAUUACUCAGAGGUGAUUCAAUAAAUUCAAUUGGAUUUUUGUCUCCAGCCACUUUAGAGUCUUAGAUACUCCGGUAGAAAAUUUCGAGUAUAAGAGUGAAAACUCAAUUAUCCUUUAUGUAUUCAAAUAAUCAAUGAUGUAAAACAAACUAGAUACAAAUAAUUGAAAAAAGAGCAAAUGAAUAAAUAAACAAAUAAUUACCUACUCUCUAUUUUAGAUAUUGUAUAUGUACACAAUACAAGGCUAGCACAAUACAAUUUUCAAGAAUUUUUUACUUCACUCAUAUUUCGUAUUUUUUUUGCACACUAGCUUUCAAUUAAAUAGCUGAAGCAGCGUUACAUUAAUUAUUAUUAUUCGUGGUAUGUGGUUAUUUAAUGGCAAGAUUUUGUUUCUACAAUCAACGCUUAUCAAUUUAAAUUGUAAGUUUUUUUUUUUUUUUUUUGUAUUAAUACGUAGUUUCUUCUUUUUCUAUCAUUUGCUUUCGUAUGUAAUAUCAUCCAAUAUAGAAUAAAAUAUAUUAGCGAACCCAAUAAUCAAAUAAUGAAAGUGAACCAAAAAAAAGGUAUGAAUAAACAAAUAACAAGAAGAUUUGAUUAUUGAUGUAGCCAAAACUACAAGUGGGCCCCGUAUUUAUAUAUUCUUAAAUAACAUAUUACCAUUACAUGUAUAUUCUGCUAUUAUUUCUUAUAGCUAAAACAAGAGAUAAUAAUUAAAAAGAAAAAAAAUAAAAAGAUUAAAAACCUUUAAAAAAAUUAAAAAAAAAUAAAUGCAUACACGAUGUAAUUUUGUAUGUUUGCUAACAAUUAAUAUGUUUAUUUCUGUUUAACUUUUUUCUUAUAUUGAAAAAUAAAUAAAAAAAAAAAAAAAUGAAAUAAAAUAAUGUAUCAAAUAUUGUGUAGCGCAUGGACAUAGCUUCUGUGAAUUUAGGUUUUCCAAAUAAUGAUUAAAAAUACUUUGAACGGUACGAUGGGUAAUGAUCAUGUAACCAUGGAGAAUGAAUUUGAAAUAAAGAAGCAUUCCAUGCGCUGAAGUAUUGUUGGCGAUUGUAUAAUUUGAUCUCAACAAGUCAACGCGCUGGUCUGGUCGACUUUGGUGCUUACAAAUAAAGUAGAAAUUGAAUUAGAGCUAUGUGAUAUCCGGUCAAGAGAACUUUGACUAGUAGUUACGGUUAAAUAACAAUUCCCAGAUUGAGUUACCUAAUCAUUCGACGUGUCUUAAACGGUGAUUAAAGACGUUCAGCACAUGAUGGUUCUGAUAAAUUUUUACUUUAAUUGUACACGCUUCACAGCUGACUUUACGGUCCGUGCAUUUAUUAUCGCGACUGCAUCAAUGUAUUCUCGUUGUAUUAUUCUAUCUUGUAACUAAUUACUGUUGUAAUGCGUAUCCGUUCGUGUCUAGUGUCAAGGAGACCUGAUUCUUUGCUUCAUAUGAUUUUAUGAACUAAUUAUGUAAAAGCUGUCGAAUAACCAGUCCUCAUUUGAAACCUUGCUCUCAGAAUUUGAUAUUCUAGUACCAUGAAAAAUGACCAGAUAAUACCGUGAGAAUCAGGGCGAAGACACAAGCCGACAUUAUAAAAUUAAAAUUAUUAUUCUAAAGGUAAAUCCAGAUUCAACUAUUCCUCUUAAAACAGGUACAUUCAUACAUAUUCGGAACGUAGAAAAUAUAAUGAUAAUAUUGUGAAACUUAGUGGCAAAUUCUAUAAUACUACGAAAAGAAGGAAAAAUAAAUAAAUAAAUAAAUACAAAUGGUAUAUUCAAUGAUUAUUCAAAAUAUUAAGU